AACAAAAAAUAAUAAUUUCUGUAAGAAAAGGUUGCUCUGUCUCCCUCUCUCUCUAUCUAAGCAGCACUAUUGCUAGUGCUGGUUCUCUCUGCCUCUGCUCCUCUAUUACCUCGUCUCCCAGAACAAGACACACUACGAUCGACACAGGAAGAGGGGAAGUAGAGCGCACAUUAGCAACGGGCGCUUAAUCUUGCGCCCUGGUUCGCUUUCUAUCCAUGGAUUCUUUUACCGCUUUCUCUCUCUUAAACGGUCGCUUCGUUACCACCGCAAAUAUUCUUUGACGCACUGAGAAAAAGAAGAUCGAUUCGAGUUUUUUUUUGUCUGUGUAUUUAUUUUCUUUUGAGCCUUGGAGAACUCUGGCCGACAACCUAAGCGUUUUUUCGAUCGCCUGUGUUUUCGGUUACAGUAGUUGGUUCGAUUUCAAAUCUAAGAAAAAGAAGAAGAAGACGCGGCGAGGGAUUUUACUCUGUGAAAAUGUUGUGGAUUAGGCGAUUCUCGCGCUACUUCACUGCUGCGAUGGUGAUGAUCCUUCUAUCACCCAGUCUGCAAUCCUUUCCUCCCGCCGAGGCAAUUAGAUCGUCUCAACUCGACGGAUUUUUACGGUUUCCAGGCCAAAAACACGCCGCAGAUUCGAUGGACCGGUUUUCAUUCAGAAAAGCCCCCGUGUUCUGCAAUGCCGAUGCAUGUAGCUCAACUAAGUCUGGGAAAACAGGUGUAUGCGAUCCGUCUUUGGUUCAUGUGGCGAUUACUCUGGAUGUGGAGUAUCUCCGUGGUUCGAUAGCCGCUGUGCAUUCGAUUUUGCAGCAUUCGUUGUGUCCUGAGAGCAUUUUCUUUCAUUUUCUGGUCUCAGAAACCAAUCUGGAAACCAUAGUAAGAUCCACUUUCCCUCAAUUGAAAUUCAAGGUGUAUUACUUCGAUCCGAUGACUGUACGGGACCUGAUCUCAACUUCGGUUAGGCAAGCACUUGAACAGCCGCUAAAUUAUGCUAGGAAUUACUUAGCGGAUCUGCUGGAGCCGUGUGUAGGCAGAGUGAUUUAUUUGGACUCUGAUCUCGUCGUGGUUGACGAUAUUGCGAAGCUCUGGAGUACGAGCCUGGGCUCUAGUACAAUCGGAGCUCCGGAAUACUGCCACGCUAACUUCACCAAGUAUUUCACGGACAAUUUCUGGUCGAACAAGAGGUUUUCCGAUACGUUUGACGGCCGGGAAGAGUGCUACUUCAACACUGGAGUGAUGAUCAUAGAUCUGGUUAAGUGGAGGCGGGCCGGAUACACGAAACGGAUCGAAAAGUGGAUGGAGAUCCAGAAGAACGACCGCAUCUACGAGCUUGGAUCAUUGCCGCCGUUCCUCUUGGUUUUUGCGGGACACGUGGAGCCGAUCGAGCACCGGUGGAACCAGCACGGGUUAGGUGGUGAUAAUGUGAGGGGCAGCUGUCGUAAUUUGCACCCUGGUCCAGUUAGCCUCCUACAUUGGUCCGGUAGCGGCAAGCCAUGGGUCAGGCUAGACUCCAAACUACCGUGCCCGCUCGACGGACUAUGGGCGCGAUACGACUUGUAUGGACACCAGCAUUGAAAUAACAGAAGAAAAACUGGUACUAAGAUUGGUAAAGGCAAGGCAUCUGCCGGCUGACGACCCAAAUUAGGGAGGGAGAGCCGGCAUUGGAACAACCUAAACACGAGAGUUUUCUUCGGUUGCAGCGGCACAACUCUAUGCUAUGCUGAUCCCCUUCGGAUGUUUGUUUCUUUGUAGAUGAGGAGGCCAUCAUUUUUUAACUGCAAUUUUUUUAAUAACUAAAAGGUGGUUAAUGAUAUAGGCUUUUCAGGAUUAUUGUAUAAGUAAGAAUAUAAUAAUGAAUACCCAGAUGUCAUUGUUGCGUGGUACGAAGGGCCAAAGUUGGGCCUGGGACCCAAUUUCUUUUGCCCUGGCAUCACACGUGGACAGCUGGUUUGGACUCUCCUAGAAUCAGCUUCUUCAUAUUAAUAUUCAUUCAUUUGUUAUUAUUU